UAAGGAAGAGCGAUGAUUAUUUCUGCCAUCAUUUCAUUUCAUGCAAAAACAUGACAAAUAAGUUUAAUUUUAUUGAUUUUUAAGGUGAUUAUGCUAAACCUUUAGUAUAAUUAUCUUUUCACAUCACAUCACACAUGGAUUUACUCGCGAUAUCCACUCUGAUUUGUAUUUUGGAUAAUAUUAUGCCGUUUCUGAUUAGAUUUAUUUCAUCAUAUAUGUUGGCACAAAAAAGAUAUGACAUUGAGCUGCGAAAGGAAUUGAGUAACUUGAAAGAAAAUAUGGCAGGACUCUCCAUGGUGGAUGAAUUUGCCAAAUGUGCUAAGCUCCAACGUCGAUAUAAUCAUGUGGAAAAUAUUCUGAAAGAAAAUAUGAAUCAACGAUUAAAUCAGAAAAUAAAACUACAGAUGUUGCUAAUUUAUAGUUUUCGUAUACUGAAUGGUACAUUAAUAUUAUGGUUAUGGUAUAUGUAUAAAGACAAGCCAGUUAUUGUUCUCUCAGAGGAUGUGUUAUGGCCAAUCCAGAAUUUCUUAAGUUGGCCAUGUCAGCAUGAGAAUGCUAUUUCUCUGUUAGCAUGGCUUGUGAUCACCCGAUUAGGAAUAUCAGCAUGUAAAAAACUUUAUGUGUGAUUUAAUAAAUUUUCAUGUAAAUGAUUAA